CCUUUGAUACCUCAGUUAAUAGCACACCUGCAGAGCUGACUGACAGACGCGCACAGAUACUCCUGCCACAGAUCAGGGGUGUCAGUGUGAAAAUGGCACACUUAGAGCUUUGCACGCUAGUGACUUUAGGAAUCUUCACACUAAUUAACGGCCAGUGUCUGGUGGACUUUCAAAAUGGCACAGUUUCCAACAGUGGUUCGACAUGCGCUUCAUUCUCGGAGUCAACGCUCAAUAACACUCUCUCCUGCUCCGGGAUACAACUUUCAGACUUAUCACAGGGAAAUCUCAAAAACCUCAAAGCGUUUACUGAUGCUGCCUUUGAUCUGUAUACAUUGCUGAGAUCUAGACUUGACGUCGGUCUUGUUGUGAACAACAUCAAUGGAGUCAGGGCGAAUGGCUCAAUAGUGGGUUCACUGAGUGAUGCGAAUUUCGCGAGGCUCUGGUUCCAAGUGAAGCUCAAUCCAUACCUGUCUUCACUGUCCAAAGACACGCUCUCCUGUCUGAGUCAAAGCAACCUCACCUGCAAGAGCUUCCAAGCACUAGUGAAUGAGCUAAGCUUAAAGAUUGGUCCUGAAAGACAAAGGAUGGUGUAUCAGAACUUCGUGAAACCUUUUCUGGCUAGAAAUACAACUGAUGCCGGCUGUGUGAACAGUACAAGCAGCCCUGGGGAAUGGCUUCAGCUGAACUUCCAAGCAUUCUCAGCUAGCGCACGUCUGCGAGAUUUCUCAGAUCUGAACCCAACGUUUGAUGGGUUGCUUGCAGUAGAUAAGCUCACCCCAGAGCAGAAAGCUGAGCUGAUCUUUCAGCUAGAAACAUCUUCUAAGCUAGAUACGAAUGCCAUCACUCAGAUCUUCGGGACUUUCUUGCAGCCAUUUACUAAUGUAACACUUAACCUGUCCAUUGCCAGUUCAGAUGGACUUAAUAAGAAUCUCAGUGAUUUCCUGGCUGCUUUGAAACCAUUGGGAAGAUUCAUCAGAUCAUGUGUGAACAUUUCUAAGACGACAAGUGGCAGCAGUAACAGAAAUACAACGAUACAGCUACUGGUGAACUUGACCUUGAGCUUGGACAGCAACAUCACAAUAAAUUACUUCAGCAUCAGCAACAUCACUGAGUGGUUCGAGUUUGUGGUUCUCUCUGUGAUGAAGAAAUAUCUGCUAGCUAACCAGACAUUAUCGGACAAAACAUCAAUAUUCAGCAUUGUUUUAUCUGAAGAACCUCCAAUCCCAGAACCUGUCGACAACUGUAAAUUCACCAGCAGUAACAAUUCCUGUCAAACAUCACAGACUGAAGAGAAUCUGGCUAAAUCGAUUAAUUGUGUCGCUCAAUCAAAUCUGAGCUUCACUGAGGGAAACCUAAAGCUUCUGACUACUGAACUCUCCAGAACACUGCAGACACUGAAGUCCAGAUUGGUGACAAACUCAUCUCAAAGCAACAUCACAGCCUUGUUUGCAGAGCUUCCAGCAGAUGGCUUCACAUCUGGAAAUCUUGAUGAUGUGGAGUUCAUGAGAUUCUGGUUCCAAAUUAAGAUGAAGCCCCUGCUACCUCAAAUUCCGCGUGAAUUCCUGUCUUGCUUCAACACACGUAGCUUCAGCUGCCAGGCCUACAGGGCACUCUUUGCAGAGCUAAAUAAUAAUUCUGGACUGAUGGAUAAUGCAACACAGAUGAAUGUCCUCAGAGACUUCAUUUUUCCAUUCCUGUCGAAACGUCCAAACACAGGUGUCGACUGCACAUUGCCAUUUAACAACAGUGUGGACUUCAUCCUGCAAAACUUUGGCAGUUUCUCUCCGUUGGUUCGGAUUCAAGAGUUUUCCACUUUCAGCCGCAAUUUUUCAGCUCUGGAUGCUCUUCCUGUUCUCACAAUGGAGCAGCUGGUGGAACUGGUGUUCAAUACUCCCGCUAGUCCAGAAAACAGAACAAACAUCCUCACAGGAGUCUUUGACUUCCUUCUUAGAGCCGUCAACAGAGACAGACUAAACAACUUCCUCCCCUUUCUCCGGACACAGGCCAGAAAGGCAAACUUCACUUGUGAAAACUACAAUGCCAUCUUUAACAGGAUUGAUCAGACAUUAUCAUCAGUCCCUCCUAACCAGUCUGAAGCCCUGCUGACGAUCAGAGACUCAGUGAUGAUGAUUCCUCCUGAUGUGUGCAUCAACAAUGCAAGCAAUUGCACAUCACCUCCUGUAAACGAGGCUUCUCUCUGUGCAAGUGUCAACAGCUCUGCUGUGGCUCAAUUCUUGAAUUCAACUGCAACAGGACUUUGUAACUUCACAGUGUUGCAGUUCGCCUGUCUACCAGAGCCGUCGCAGUUAAACUCUCAACAAGUGGCUGACCUGUUGGCUUGCAAACUGUCAAGCAACGUGACAAAAGACACCUGGAAGCUUUUCUUCACCAAAAUAGGCACAAACCUUGAUGAUGCACUGCUGAAGUUUUCCAACAACACUCCCGGUGUCAGCAAUGUGUCUUUGGCCGAUGUGCUGGAUGUGAUCGCUGAAAUCCGGAUCAAUCGCUUUAGUCCCCAGAGACUGAGAGAUCCUGCCUUCAUUCAGUCAUGGUUCCAGGGGCGUCUAAAUCCCUUCUUACCUUCACUGUCUCAAAGUCUCCUGUCCUGCCUCAGCACCAAGAACCUCAACUGUGAAACCUACCGCACUAUCGCUACAAAUAUUUUCAAUGCAUCUCCACGAGAUGGACAAGACAUUUGCAAUCCACUGCAACCCCCUACAAGACAGGAUCUGAUCUACACAAACUUCAUGAACGCCUUCCUCUCUCGCAAAGACAUUGAUGAUCCCGGGUGCCUUAAAGAUACAGCCAACAGUACGCAGUGGGUCAACAGAAACUUUGGGCCAUUCAUUCAGUCAGCUCCUCUAAAUGACCUUUUGGCACUGAACAGAAACUUCAGUGCAGUGGAAGUUCUACCUCAGUUGGGUCUCAGACAACUGUCUGAGCUUUCUGUGAAUCCUCCUGUGCUAAAUGAUUCUCAAAGCAUCAUCAAUGUCCUGCAGUAUGUCAAGGAUUGCCAGCUUCCUGCUUUCUUUGACCUCUUCUCCCAGAAAGUGCAGAACAUCUCGCUCAGACAAGAUGUAAAAUCAGCACUGAUUAAACAGAUAUUUGACAGAGCCCUCCUGUCUAAUCUGAGCAUCCCAAAUCAGGAAGCUGUCAUUUGGCUCCAGAAGAGAAUAAGACCUCUGGUAGACAACCUUUCAGAGAGCUUUGUGUCUCCAUUUUUCAACUUCCUCAACAAAACAGACUGCAAUGUCACUCAAACCGCCCUGGGGCUCUUAGAUGUUGUUCGACCUACAUUACCCACAAACACCAAAAAUGCAAUCUACAAUAGCAUUCUUCAAUCCUUCAUGGGACCACAGCCUCUGAGGUGCUACAGAAACAACAGCUUCAUCAAGUUCUUAAAUGAAAGCCUGUACGGCUUUGGGCCGCUUCCAGAUCUGACCACCUUCCUCUCUCUGAUACCACCACCACGGAUAUCUGAGCUUGUAAACUCUAUUGCUCCUUUUGAGCUGGGAAGCUACUUGAGACAGCCGGAAGUGGUGAAAAACAAUUCACAAAUCUGCGUGAUCUUCAACAACUUUACCAAAACCCCCGAGUUCUUGGAUACGGAAGAUGUUCCAGAUAAUGUGAAAAGUGCCAUCCUUCCCUGCGUCUGGCGCCUGGCGUUGACUAGUGACAAUGAGACCGAGGUUGAUCUGUGGUUUAACCGUAGACUCAAGCUCUACUUGAAGUUCCUGAACAAAGAUCUAAUAGGGUCAAAAGACACACUGAGCGCAUCUUGCCAAUCAUACAAGAAAAUGGUCAAUGUCUUAGGCAAAGAUUUCAGCUUUAAUGGUUCUCAGAUUACCACUGACGAUGUGUAUGGCACCAUCAAGACAUAUCUGAAAACAGACUCUCAAGCAAAAUGCUACAACUCCUCUGACGCAAGAUUGAAUUCAACUGCGUGGUUUGUCAACAACAUUGGUGUAUUCAUAACUUUAUUGACUCUGGACGAUCUCUACUCUUUCGGCCCUCAGACAACGAUGCAACUCUUCGCUGUGAAUCCUGAUAACAUAAAGCUGUUCAAUCAAAAGGCACUUCCGAAGAAAGUCCUCAGCCGCUACACAGAGCUCAUCUUUCUACAAAACAGUGACUUUAAUCUAUUUGACUUGCCUUCGUUUUUGCAGUGUGAUGCACCAGUAUCGACAUUCUCUAAACUAAAUGAAAAUCAAACUAAUGUCAUUCUUGGAAACUUCAAGACAUCUUGCUCCGGUGUGGAUCCUGCGAUAUCUGCUACCCUUGCAAAAAACAUCAAGACCAUUGAUGUUAGCGCUAUUAUCAAUUUGGGAAGCCAAAUUGUUGGCCUAACAACUACACAAAUAAAUUUAGCACCUCCAUCGGUUCUCAUCAGUAGUCUUUCAACGCUGGGCAGUACAGCUGGAUGGUCCUUCGGACAAGCCCAGGCAAUCGUACAAGUGCUUCUCAGUGGAGAUUUCAAGUUAAACACUGGCAGCAGUUUGAUAAGUCUUGGAUCAUUGAUUGGAGGGAUUCCUUCAACAGUCCUGACAACCAUUAGUCCGGCACAAAUUCUUGAAACAACCAGAAACACAGAAUUUGUGAAAAACAUACUGGCUGCCCCAGAGAUUGUUCAAACGACCUUUGUGAGACAGUUAAUCAAAGUGGAAUCAACAGUAUCUGCUUUAAUGACAAACAUUCCCAGUGACUUGGCCGUUCAAAUUCCAAGAAAGUUCCUGCAGAUUAACACCAAUUUAGACACAGCAGUUCUGAUGGAGUUUAACAAAAAAAAGUGGAAACCUGAACAGGCGGUUCUUUUCUUCGAUUCAGUGGUAAAUGUUUUUGCCCAGCCUGAUGACCUGUCUGUGGAAGUUUUGCAAGGAUUUACUUGCACACGAGUGCAGACAUACACCCAAAUCAAAGUCAAAGGCCUGAUCAAAGCCUGUCGAAGGAGACCGAACAGAUCUAAAGUGAUCCUGAGCGAGACUCAGCUGACUUGCAUGUACAACAUUAUUAGAAAGGAAUCACCUUUCGAUUUUGAAAACUAUCAUUCAGAUAUGUUGCUGUACUUCAAUUAUGAAACAAUCAACAAAACCCUCUGCAAGGCAUACUUUACUCAAGUCGGAGCAGCAGAUCUCUCAGUCUUUUCAGGCACAUUGAGAGGAAGAAGGGACAUUUUGUUGAAUAAUGCUAUAGAUUGCUUGGGCAUUAAUAGAACAAGCAUCAGUAAACAGGAUCUGGCGGUGCUGGGCAACUUGGCAUGUGCUGUGAGCGGUGAUGUCAUCAGAAACUCAGACCCAGAAAUCCUUGAGAACUUGAAGAACUGCAAAGACCUCUCAGAUUCGCAAAUAUCAGCCAUGCAAGAUCUUCUCAUGAAGGGAACGUCAAAAUAUGGAGCAACAAGCAACUGGAAUCAGAAAACACUUGAUGAUCUGGGAAUACUGCCUUUGUACUUCUCACAAAGCUUUUGGGGAUCAUUCAAAGAGAGUGAUUUAGCCAAGUUCUUCAAAACCUUCCUUAAAAUGCUGCGUGAACAAAACACACCAAAGCCACAACUGAAAAAGCUGUUUAAAGCAAUCAUUAUAAUUCCAACCAGAGCCAAGAGGGCUGGGUUCCAAGCGAGUGAAUGUACUAAGGGCAACAUCACUAGUGUUGCCAUCAGCGAUGAUGCCUUCCCCUUUGGAUAUGAUGCGACACAGUUCGGUAACUGUCUGAGUUCAACCGUGGUGCUGGAGAACCUCGCUAGCCUGUGUGAUAAAAUUGACAACAGCGACUUUCAGAGAAUCAUUUUGGACAAACUCAAAGAGAUACUGCCAAACGGCCUUUCAGAAGAUAAGGUCCAGGUACUGAAGUCCGUGUCCAGGAAUGCGACGGAGGAUGAAAUAAGUAAAUGGAACAUCACUAAACCCGACACACUGGCAGCGCUCAUGAAUGCUAAUGAUGGCGAAUGGUCCGCUGCACAGAGCAAACUAAUCAUUACCAAAUACCUAAGCGCCAACAACACUUUGACCGCCACUGAGCUGAAUCUAGUGAAAGGACCAAAUCUCUGCUCUCUGAAUGUCAGCACAUUGUCAACAAUAUCACCUGAUAGUUUGAGGGAGAGCAGUGCCUUGGAUGUGUCAACAUGUUCAUCUGAGAACAAGAAGGCACUCUUCACCAUCGCUAACAAAGCAUUUCCCAUGUCCUCCACAACCGAUAAUCGCACCAUCCUGUCAGCCUUCCAGCUCAUUGACGCCUAUCUCGGAGGUGCAGAUCUAGGCUACAUUAGGAAUCUGUCAUCAUACAAUGUCAGCAUGAGCCUGACCACUUUCAUAAGUCUGGAUGCAAGCGUGAUCGCGAGCCUCAGCAUAUCAGAAGUAGUGGGUCUUCUUGGUAACAAUUUGCAGGAUCUAAAAACAUUUGAAAACCAAACAGUCGUGCGAAGCUGGAUCUCGCUGCAGUUACAGUCAGAGCUGGAUAAACUCAAUCUCAAUCUGUCUGGAGGAAAAUUAACAGCAGACACAACAACUGCUGCCCCGUCUACCACUGUAACAACUAAGGCUACCACUGUCAAAAACACUGCAAGCUCUCCAGGAAUUGGACCCGGUGGAUGGACAGUUUUCUUCAGCAUUUUAAUACUUUAUCUAACUUACCAUCAUCAAGGUGGAGAUUACAUAUAGCAGCACUGAACCCGAAUUAGCCACACUGUAAUCUUACCAAGAUGAUACAUCUGUGAGACUCUGUAGAUGAAGGAAUACAGCAUAUUAGUCCACUUAAUCUUUUUUCAUAAUCACACAUUUUCUUUGUCAUCCUAUUGUUCAUCGAUUCAGAUUUUUUCUUAAGUGUACAUGACAAAUUGUCAAAAAGGAAUGUUCCACUACUAAUCAGAACAGAGGAUAUGUAGCACUUUUUUUUUUGUCUAAAUACUUGUAUAACUGUCUCCAACUAUAAAACUGCUAUCUUUAAUUGUUUCAGACAUUUAGAAUCAUUAUAUGAAUUCCUUGUGCUGUUCUUGAAUAUGGCAUAAAAAUGUAUUUUGUUCUAUGACUGG